UCAGAGAAUGAAUGUGUAGGGCUAGCCGACUGGUAGCUUUGGCAAUGUUGUCACUAUCAGAAUGAUAUCGCAGCGGGACAGAGGAGAACUGGCUCGGUUUUAUACUGUCACAGAUCCUAAAAAGCACCUGAAAGGCUACACUGUGUACAAAGUCACCGCAAGGAUAAUCUCAAGGAAGAACCCAGAGGAUGUUCAAGAGAUAACAGUAUGGAAGAGAUACAGUGAUUUCCGGAAGCUUCAUCAGAACCUCCUGCAGCUACACAAGAAUGUAUGUAGCCAGUCGGAGCUGUUUCCUCCCUUUGCCAAGGCCAAAGUCUUUGGUCGUUUUGACAACUCAGUAGUUGAGGAGAGACGACAGUGCUCCGAGGAUCUGCUGCAGUUCUCUGCUAAUAUCCCUGCUCUCUAUAGCAGUCAGCACAUCCAAGAUUUCUUCAAGGGAGGCGAGGUCCACGACGGCUCAGAGCUCAUUGGACCUGCUGAGCCCUUUUCUGACUUCCUGGCAGACAGUUUAUCAGACUGCAGCUCUGACGUUCAAAGAGACAUCAGUGGUGCAGAUGAUUUGACCAUCACAUCUGAGUAUGGAGGCCCGUCCAGUGACAGCGACCUGACCUCCCUGGCUGUAGAUACAGACUCCUUGACUGGGCUGGAUGAUGGCAUGGCCUCAGGCCGCACCUCCCCAAACCAGCCACAGGGGGGAGCCACCAACAUUAGCAGCAGCUGCAGCCCUCGCUUGCCUUCCCUGCACGAUCGCCGCACCCCAUCUCCUGCCCCUGUCCCUGCCUCCUCAGCUCCUAACCCAGAGGUCAGCUGGCCAGGCCGAACGCCACUCUUCUCCGGCAGUCUGAGGAAAGUCAGUGGCGGCAACCCGAAGGACCCGAAGUCAGACUACCUGGACAGAGCCAGUGAGCUAAUCUGUUUGGCUGUACAGAAAGAGAAAGAGCAAGACUUCCAGGCAGCUUUCUCCUGCUAUCGCAGCGGAGUUGACCUGCUACUGCAAGGAGUGCAAGGUGAGCCCAGUCCCACGCGGCGAGAAGCAGUGAAGAAGAAGACUGCAGAGUAUCUGAUGCGAGCAGAGCAGAUAUCCAGUCAGCAUCUGAGAAGCAACAUGGGUCAAGGCUCAACACAGACAGUGGCUUUGGGGGCACAAUGCUGCCCAUCCACCAGCAGAGGAGGCCAGCAGAGUCCAGCCGAGGAGCUGAGGGCUUACAGGGUGUUGGGAGUCAUAGAUAAGGUUCUUUUGGUCAUGGACAAGAGAACACAAGAGACGUUUAUCCUGAAAGGUCUGAGGAAGAGCAGUGACUGCGGGCGGACUAAGAGGACAAUCAUGCCUCACACCGUGCCCCACAUGGUGCAGCUGAGGAAGUUCAUCGUCUCCGAAGACACUGUUUUUCUUCUGCUGCAGUAUGCUGAAGGUGGGAAGCUGUGGUCUCACAUUGGAAAGUACCUGCGUACUUCCAGCCCAGAUGAGAGCUUUGACAUUCCUUUCAUCCAGAAGAGCCACACGACAGCUGUGCACUCUCCACAUCAUGCUGUACCACAGCUGGAUGUAGGGUCAGCCAGUUCUGGUUCUGGGCCGGUUGCUGCUUCUGAUCCUGUCUCAGGGCUGCGGAACAAAGUGGAGAAGCUUUCCGCGUCUCCUAAGAGAAGUGUCCUCCCUCCCAGACGUCUCGAACAAAUUGGGGCGCAGUCAGACUCCGGAGCCACCUCAGAGGAAGAGUGCACCAACAGUUAUUUAACACUCUGCAACGAGUACGAACAAGAUAAAGUGGAACCAGAUGCACUAGAAGAGGAGGAAGAGAAGAGCGAACAGGAAAUGCUGUCUCUGGAAGUGCCGACUGGGGCAACCACGACUUCCUCGCGUAGCCGCUCGCUGCUUAGCAACGACAGCCUCUCUUCGCCUAUCAGCUCUCAGGAACUUGGCUUUUUUACAGAGUCGUCCGACAAAAGUGGCCACACCCUUGACAAUGAGCAAUACCGUGGCGAGGGACAGGACCAGAGUGACGUGUUCAGUCCUUUGCCCUCCCCUGCUGUGCCUCUAUCGUUGGAUCAAUCCAAGCACACGCCAAUGGAGUUCUUCCGCAUUGACAGCAAAGACAGUGCGAGCGAAGUGACCUGCCUCGACUCAGGAGAGCAGCGCGCCUCUCAAAAGCAGGUUCCCCUUUUUUCUACAUCCGACCUGGGCUCGGAUGUCACUGAGGAUCUUCCAGAGCUGGCUCAGGAGGUCAAAGGCCACAGCUCUGAGCUUUGGGGGUUGGACUGCAGUGAUAAAGGCUCCAAUGAAUCAGUGCCAGUCAUCUCAUUUAAAGAGGCAUUAGUGGAAGAUGAAGGUCACCCGCCAGACCUUUUGGUAAACCUACCUGUAACGGGUGGAACUGUAGACUCUUUAAAGGAGGAAUUGGACACUUCAGGGGUGUGUAUGGGCCUCGAGGCCACAGCCUCUCCUCAGAAGUUCAUUCAGCCUGAUGUUUUACAGCUUCACAGCCAGCCUGAGGAAGAGGAGGAGCAGCCACUGGAGCAGGAGCUUUCAUCUUUCUGCACAGCUUCCGCAACUUGCGACACCAGUGUUGCUUCUUCCUCUCCCUUCAACUCACUGUGGGACGACUGCAGUUUGACAUUUGGGCAAGAGGCCUCUGACAAAAUGGUGGUCCAUCCUGCAUGCCAAGACAAUGACCUCCCCCUUGAUCUUCCAGUAACUGAUUCGCUUAAUGAGAAACUAGAGGCCAGUGAAAGAAUAAAUACAGACUUGGUACCAGACCCCAGUGGCAACAGCACAGGCUCCAUCCCAGCCACAAAUGGGACCGAGGCCUGCGCAGCAGUUGCAAAUUUAUUAAGUCUUGAUGGUGAAUCAUCAAGAGUUAUUAGUAAUACAGGUGGCAGCGAAUUUGAUAAAGAAGUAUCGCGGCUGUUUGCAGAGCUGGACGAGCUGUCGUUGGCCGCGUCCCAAGCUCGCAUUCCGGAGGAGUUUGUACGAUGCUGGGCGGUGGAGAUGGUGGCAGCCCUGAGUUCUCUGCACCAAGAGGGCAUCGUCUGUCGAGACCUGAACCCCAACAACAUCCUGCUUGACCACCAAGGUCACGUUCAGCUUACCUACUUCUGCAGCUGGAAUGAUGUGGAGGAGUCCUGUGACAAAGAGGCCAUUGCCAACAUGUACUGUGCACCAGAGGUGGGAGGUAUCAGUGAGGAGACGGCGGCGUGCGAUUGGUGGAGUUUAGGCGCCGUCCUGUUCGAGCUCCUGACAGGCAUGUCUCUGCUGCGGUGCCAUCCAGCAGGAAUCGGUCGCCACACCGCUCUCAACAUCCCUGAGUCUGUUUCAGAGGAGGCCAGAUCUCUGCUGGAGCAGUUGCUCCAGUACAACCCAACAGAGAGGCUGGGAGCAGGUGUGGGGGGAGUGGAUGAUAUCAAAUCCCACCCUUUCUUUGCCAGAGUGGACUGGACCAAAUAGACGCUGUGCAUUGUGGGAAAAGCAGAGCUGCAUGCUGGGAGUCCUGAAUGAAUUCCUCUCAGACUGGACACACAAAUGCAGUCGUGGAAAAAAAAUAUUAGACCACCCUUAUUUUCUUCAAUUUCCAUUACAACUAAAGGUACAUUUGUUUGGACAAAUAUAAUGACAACAAAAAUAGCUCAUAAGAAUUUAAUUUAAGAGCUGAUAUCUAGACAUUUUCCAUGGUUUUCCUGAUAAUGAUUUUGGUUAUUAUCGUCUCUUAAAUUAAGCUCUUAUCAGGUAUUUUUGUUAUUAUCAUUAUGUUUGUCCAAACAAAUGUACCUUUAUUUGUACCAGGCAUUAAGAUGAAAAAGAAAUUGAAGAAAACAAGGGUGGUCUAAUAUUUUUUUCCAUGACUGUACAUUAAGAGUAAAUACAGAUUAUGCAUUUCUGCACACAUCUCCAAUUUUGUGUACGACCCCUUAAUUCCCAUGUGUUAUUUUUUUUUUUGUAUGGAACUUGCCAAGAAGCAGUAUUACCUUCCUUGUUAAACGCUCAAUUCUUUAUUUCAUCGAGGGUUUACUGCGUAACCUUUUCGGUGCAGGGAACACUUGACGCGUGUGGUGCAAUAAUUUAUAAGUGAUAAUCCACUACGACAUUGUUGCUUUUUACACACCUCAUACAGUAGCUGUAAGCCAAAAUGACACAUGAGAGUUAGAGGUGACAUUUCUUUUGUGUUUUCACUGCAUUUAUUAAGUUCUGCAUGGUCGAACUGACGUCAGCUUUCCAUAAAAACACGUGCAAUACACAGACUUUGUUGCCACCUAGAACUCUUUUAUCAUUCCUCACGGAGCCCAGAGAGAUUAGCUGUGACGGAGACGUCUUGAGCUUUUAUUUUGAAGCUCUGUUGUAGGGACAGAUAUGAUAUUUCAUUUCCUACAAACUUCCUACAUAGAGUAGCAGAGCUGGACACUAUACAAGGCAAUGAACAAAAUAUUGUUAGGUAGAAAAGUGAUUUUGUUGCUGAGUGAUGUAUUUAGUUGUAGGAAGAUUUAGUUAUUUAAUAGAUUAUAGCUAGAUAAAGGGCCUUCUGCCUCCUUGGAGAGUGAGUGUGUUUCAUUCAUUUAAAAAAAGAGAAAGAAUGAAGCUUGUACCACACAUUUGAAACCAGCCCUUUUACAGAUUUUUUUAUGAAUAACGGAGGAAAACUCUGUUCUGUACAACACUGCGUUUUCUGCAUGGAAGAAUAUGAUUUAAUAUAUUUAAUACGAUGAAAAAUCUAUCGAACAAUAAAUAAUGUGUCUUGUAAAUAUAUACCUUUUAAAAGAUGUUGUGCUGAUUGAAAGCUACACCCAGGUCUCCACAUGUCCAACCUGUCAAUCACUUACUGCCUCAUCAAUCAAAUCCUUUUUUAUUUGAUUGUGCGUUUUAUUUCCUAGCUAACUUGAUGCUGAUUUUGUAAUAUCUGUAAUGUCUGAAUCACAUGGUAAACAUCGCCAUUGCUACAUUACAUGCCAUAUAUCACUUCCUGUAUAAUCAGAUGAGACUUUUUGGAGCAUAUAUCAAACGCCUUGUAAUACAUUUCUCUAACAAUACUCAGAUAAUCACUGCACUGUAGAUGCACUGCGAUAAGAUACACGUUAACUGACAGACACUAAAUUACCUGGUCCAUAUCUCACCUAUCAACUCUUUUUAUUAGACAUAAACAUCACAGUGGAAUUUUUUCUUUCUGUUUUCUAUUGGAUGCUCACUCUUGUCUGUGCUGUAUGUCUCUCAGUGCACUCUGGAUAACAAUAAACAUACCUGGAUGAGAACUA